UGGUGGACUGGGGAGUUCUUCCAUUUACUCAUGGAAAAGAUUUACGAUGACUGAACACUACAAGCAACGGGCUCAAAGAUCGGGUUGCAUACUGUUUUUCUGCACAUAGCUAGACUGGCAACGAAUGGUAACAAGCAUGGGAUCUCGACUGAGAGAAAAUCCCGACAAGUUGUUUGAAGUAUUUGUUGAAGUAGCAAAACCAGAGGGAGACCAAGAUCCCUUCAUCGUGGAAAAGUUUCCACCAGAAUAUGACAAUGAGGAGGUUUUAAAGACAAUCCCCAAGUUUGUGUACCCGUGUCAGAUGGAAUGCUCAAUUGUUGAACACUUCACCUUCACCAUGACUGAUUUAGAAAGCAUGUUUUCAUUCGGCUUCUGUCGUUAUGCUUCUGGCACCCAGACCUGUCUUUGUAUUAUCAGUUUUCUGCCGUGGUUUGAAGUGUUUUACAAGCUGCUCAACAUGCUGGCGGAGGUGACGAACCGGAGUGAGAACAACAGCGCGAUCCCCCUGCUGAAGGCCAUGUACCACCAAGACAUUCCCAUGCCCAAUGUACCGGUCACCAUCGUUGCACAACAAGACAUGUUCAGUUUCACGGCGACCGACCCCAACCAACUUCCUAGUAUUCCUAACAGUAGGAAUCUAACAGAGUAUUAUAAUGCUGUUGACAUGCACAACAUGAUGAUCGUAUUUGCAAGUAUGUUAAAUGAGCGUCGUGUCGUGUUCACCUCUAAGAAACUCAGCCGGCUGACUGCCUGUAUUCAUGCUGCAGAGGCGCUGCUCUAUCCCAUGCAUUGGCAGCAUCUUCUUAUACCUGUUCUACCAGCUAAUCUUAUUGACUACUUAAGUGCUCCAAUGCCAUAUGUUAUUGGUGUUCACACAUCGUUAAUAUGUAAAAUCAGGAACAUGGAGCUGGGAGAUGCUGUGAUAGUGGACACCGAUAAGAAUGUUGUCAAAACCGAGUACGACGACUUAGAAGACUUACCUGAGGAAGUGGUAUCCUACUUGAAGAAAAAUCUCAAGAAUGAAAGAUUAAAAGCUUCCAUGCAGAACUCGGGGGAUGCAAUAUCUAAGAUAUUUCUCGAGGCACUCGUUCGGCUGAUAGGAGGUUACCGAGAAGCUCUCAAGUUCAGUAUUGGUGAGCCGAUCACGUUCAUGCCGGAAGUGUUUGUCACGACGAGACCACCGUCGAUGAGACCCUUCCUGGAAAACAUGCUCCAUCUGCAGAUUUUCCAACAGUUCAUCAAUGGACGGCUCGAUAUCCUGAACUGUGGCCAGGGCUUCACGGACCUGUUUGAGAAGAUGGCAAUACUGCACACCGAUAAACUGAACACACAGUCGCGUUACAAGGAGUGGCUUGGAAACAUGAAGAAGCAGCAAAAGAAGUUUUCGAAAGGAGGGAAGGUUGUUUGGUCCGACUUCAAAGAAAAGGCUCCAAUCAUGAUGACCACCGCUGUUCAGUCAGUGAAGACUCAUGGGAAAAAAGCUGUGACUGGGAUUAAAACAAGGUUUCAUGAGAUUAACGAAUCUGGAAAACAUUCUUCCAAGAUGCCAACCCCUUCUACUUCCACAAAGACGUUUAAUAGACAACAACGGCCGGCUACUAUUGUUGGCUCCAAGCUGGAAAUGUCUCGUCCCCCGAGACCACCCCCACCAGGUGGAAAAGUAGCACGAUCUCAAAGCUCGAGAAUGAUCCCACAAUCAACAAAGUACUCUACGAUCAACAUCACGACUGAAGACUUGAGCCGAUUUGAGAGUUUUGACGACAACUGUCUCCCCGACGAGUACCAGCGAGUGAGUGUCAACCUGAUGACCGAUCCAGACAUCCAGUCCGCACUGCAUCGGUCGGCCAGCGACAACAACCUCAACCCAAAAACAGUCUGGUACAUCCACAACUCUCAGAUAGCAGACAGUGAUUCAUCAUCUUCUACUGACCAUUCCGGUAAUGUGACUCCAGGAGUUUCGAGCACCAGCAUACCGUACCUGGGCAUCACAGACACUGGCAGUACCGAACACAUGACAGAACAGCUCAUCAACGUCUCCAAGACCAUGGAGGAGUCGGACUUACCACCAGCCAUAUUACCACGGCAACCACUCCAGAACCUACUAGCCCAUGAUCUCACAGCGCCGCUCAGACCACCAAAACCAAGAACCAAAGAAAAAGAACUCAUCAAGUUCGAUUCCACCGAGUCAGAGUCAGACAUGUUUGAUCCCCUGAAGCAGAAGGUAGUGGAUUUACAGCAGAGGCAACCGCAGGCGUCUGGUCUUGAGAGGGGACUGAGUAACAGAGGAUCGGUCAUCAGCAGGUCUCCGGCUUUUAGGAAGCCCCAAGAAGAGACUCCAAAACGAGCGACGUAUCGACCAGAUCACGAAUCGUCGCCGGAAACCAAUUUUGACGAGCAGUCUACAUCAUCGUUUGACCCGCUGGCGGGCUUCGAUAAAAGAUUAUACCCAGGUUUUCCUCCUGCAGCUCAAGCUACAGAUGAUAAGAUGUUCAAACACGAUAAUGAUUCGUUACUCCACGACUGGACUCUGGGGCACCUGGCAGGAUCCAGAACGAGUCCCGUGACAGUUCCUCCACCCAGACCUUCCCCCCCACUCCACUGUGGCAAAAUCUCACCCGUACCUUCUGGAACCCUUCCCAUGGACCUGGCUACCAGACCAGUGCCAAAACCAAGAAAUUCUAUUGGGAACAAAUUUGAGUCUGUUCCAAUGUUCCAAAAUCCGAACCAGUCAAAUUUCCAAACCCGCGGCGGCCCCUCUCCUCAGUUAGGGACCUCGAGCCAGACUUCUUCUAGUGAUCCUUUUGGGGCUCUGCUUCAGCCAUCGUUUCACAGUUCUAACAUGGGUGGCGGCAGUAAGCUGGCUCCAGAACCCACAGGACAAGUCAGACAGAAAAGUGAUCCAUUUGAGGACUUGAUGGGAUUAACACUAAAUCCCCCCGUGUCGAAACCUCAGCCAUCAGACAGUCAUAGGUCUACGUCAGCAAAGUCAUCAACGUUUUAUGCUCCUAAACCAAAGUGGCAGACUUUUGAUUGACCUUUCAGUCAGUUUUUUUUUAAAGCUAUUUGUUAAAUUUAUUUAUUGUUGUUACGCUGAGUUGAGGUGUGAAUGUGGGCGUGUGUUACAAGUUAAUGCUCAAAAACUACAUAUCCAUGAUAAUUUCUACGUCAGAACUGACAAAUGGGUAACAGACGCGGAGGGUAGAGCUUCUGUCAACAAAUGUUGGUACCAGUAUUUGAUUCUACUUUCAAAGUGUAUGUUUUGACUACAUUUGACCGAGAUAUAGGUGUCACAUUUCUGACUCUAUUCUAGUUUCUCUCAGACUUGUUUGUACCAGUAUUUGAUUCCAGUUCAAGGUGUAUGUUUUCACAGCAUUUAACCAAGAUAUCUGUAUCACUUUUCUGACUCAUUAUUCCAUUGUGCAGGUGUGUUGAUAACAGUUAGGGGUUCACAAUUACCAAAUUUUUAUGCACAUACAAAUAUAUUUAUUUGUUUUCUCUCUUUUUUUCUUUUUUUGAACUUAGGGAAGAUAUCUCAAUCCUGUUCCUUCCUAAAAGUGUACGUAAAUGAAAUUUCUCUGGGGAAUAUUUUAUCAACUCUUUUGUUUGUUUUUGACAGCAUGUGUCAUUAACAACCUCUUUCCUAACAUACUACAUGCAAACCCAUCGUGCAUCACAGAGGUUGGUGUAAUAUGUGCAGGAAAUGUUUACAUCAAUAUACACUAAUGCUGAAUAUUGUCUUAUUUUGUUAAUUGAGAACAUACGUGCAUCAAAAACACUAUAUCGUUAGGUUUAUGUGUGUUUGUGUUAAUCAUUGUUAUUAAACAUCCUGUUAUUUUAAAACACUUUGAUUUAUUUCAGUAGUUGUGUUUAGGCUCAUAUAGACUGGAUGCGUCAGGUGCUGUCCAGCUAACGAAAAUUAAAAUACAUUAGUUUCAGUGAGAUUGUCUAGACUAGAUGCGUGUGGACAGGUGCAAUGAAAUAAUUGUGUAUGGUGUAUAUGCCCAAAAUGCACGCCAGUGACGCAACAGUCGGACCACACGUGCGCACCACAUCCAGUCUGUAUGAGGUUAUAGUGUGCCCAUUAUAGCAAUUCUACAACUAUUCCAAAACAUUGGAUCGAAGUGUUUUAAAAUACUAUGGCUUUCUUUGAAAACAUUUUAAGACAUAUUAUCUAGGUAAUAUACAUCAAUGAUUUUCUUCAUUAAUUCAUGAAAUUUGCUACUAAACAUCAAAAGUCUGCACUGAAGUGAACAGUUAGUGCACAUUAGGCCAUCUGCCAUUACGUAGGUUGAUGGCCGUCAUAUGGUAUGUUUGCUUGUAAAAACUUUGAUAGUUUGAGUGAUCUUGCAUUCAAAGGAAUGAUCUUGCAUUCACAGAAAUGUUCUUGCAUUCACAGAAAUGUUCUUGCAUUCACAGAAAUGUUUAAAUGUUGGUACUUCCAAGAACCAUUAAGCCAAACAUAUGUAAAUUCCCAGUGGGUAAAUAGAGAUUAUUAUACAACCACAAGUAGUAGGAGACGACAUAUUCCACAUGCACAGUCUGAACUAGGACUGGAGAAGCAAUAUCAUGUAAUGAGGUCACUUCAUCAUGUUAUGACAUCGCUUCCAAGAAUCACUACAACAUCAAUACAUGUGUGCUUCGUAUGGUUUUUAUUAACUUGGUUAUGUUGAACAAUGUGGAUAAUAAAGAACGUCACCAGUUAGAUGUGCUUACUUACACCGAUUAUGUUGAACCAUGUGAAUAAUACAGAACGUCACCAGUUAGAUGUGCUUACUUACACCGGAGGAGUUGAUGUGUCUUUUGUUAAAAUUAAUCUCAACUCUAUUCUCAGAUAGAAUUGUAAGCAGCGUAGUAAAAUUACAGUUCUUUGUUCAGUGCUUGUAGAAUGUUUACGAGGGAAUGUUUUCAUUUCUGUGCAAAGUAUAUAUAAGAGAUGCUAAUGACAACAUUGGGUUUCUUCUAAACACUAAACCAAGUGUGAUAAUCAUAAUUAAGAACUAUCCGACACCUAAUGCAUGCUAAUUACAGAGUAUGAAGGUGACAUCAUGAAGACGUUCUAUUCUGUAUUCCGUCUGCUAUCAGAGUGUGACUCUGUGACUCUGUGAUGGGGAACAAUAAUGUAGAUAUAGGAAAAUAUUUUUACAAUGAACACUAAUACAGCAAAACUCUAAAGAACUAUCUAUUUGCUGGUCUGUAAUGUACAAUAUGGUGUUUGAAAUGGUAACUGCUUAAUUCACAAUGGAUUGUGGCUAUUGUAAACUUAAUUUUGCGAGAUAAAUGUAUAAAAGCUUAUGCUUAAAUCUGUUUUACUACUUAAAUAGGUAGAGGUGAUAUCGGAGGGUAAAUAAUAGCUGUAGGCAUGGAUCAACAUAUUAUAGAUAUGUGUGCUUUUCACAUAGAUGUUUACAGCUUCCAGACAUUUAGUUCUCUGUAGUAUGUAAUUAAAACUGUUGUUUUUUUAAUAGUGAAUUUGGUGGUUUAAAGUAAUUUCAUACUUUAUAAUCAUGGGCUCAUAUUUUCAUAGCAAUCUUAGCACUACGAAAUCGUAAAACCCUCGUAAGCUAUGAUGUCAUAUUUUCAUAGCAAUCUUAGCACUACGAAAUCGUAAAACCCUCGUAAGCUAUGAUGUCAUAUUUUCAUAGCAAUCUUAGCACUACGAAAUCGUAAAACCCUCGUAAGCUAUGAUGUCACUAUGGCAUGUACUGCAGUGAUGUCACAACCUAUGAUGGUGUUAUCAUUUCGUAGCGCUAAGAUAGCUUUGAACAUAUGUAGCCUGGUCCAAAUGCAUUUUGAGAAUUUACAAUAUUUGAUCUUAACAUAUGGUACCUGCAUUUUUCAUUUCAUUUCAUUUUCAGAUGCUGCUUUGCACUAAAUCAUUCUAGUUAUUUUAGAGUUGUUCAUGAGGUAUGCUUGUGAUGUUAAAAUUAAAUUCACCUUGGGUGGUAGGGGUAGACGUUCAGUUAUUACGCAUUGAGAAAUCGGGCCACUUUUGUAUUCCCCCUAGCUCAAAAACAUUUCGCAGUGCUAAGACCACCACCACCCUCUAUCUCCCCCCUCCUUUCAUUGUAGCUGUGAUGUAGUUCGACGAACAUUGUUGAGUUUUUUGUUCAUUUGUUUCUUUGGUAGUACAAGUACACAAAGUAAAAUCAUCUGUAAUAGACAAAUUUUCCAUGACUGCUUCUAUUUAAUUUGUGAAUAAAAAUCAAUACAUACGUCUUCCUUUCGCCCAUAACAUUUUGUAAUGCUUCCCAUUAUUCUUUCCCUUCGAACAUUAUGUAAAUGGAUUUAAAAAAAAAAAAAAAAACCUACAAAAACCCCCCACAAAAACAUUGCAAACUUUCAAAUUAGUUUUUGAAAAACACUUAAUUUUUUAAACGAGACAUACUAAUGAAAAUUAG